AUGGCGUUGACCUGGAGGAAGGAGUACUUGGAUCUAGUUUUGGUCCCUGUUGGGCUGUUGAUCAUGUUUGGAUAUCAUCUCUUCCUCCUCUACAGAGUCCUAAACCUUCCUGAGACAACAUCCAUCGGUUAUGAAAACCACAAUAAAAAAGCUUGGGUUGAGAGAAUAAUGCAGGUCGAAGCAAAGGACAGAGGGUUUGCUAUAUCCGUGAUCAGCAGCAACAUAUCUGCGGCCACUUCCCUCUCUUCAAUCUGCUUAGUUCUGAGCUCUCUAAUCGGAGCAUGGCUCGGAAGCUCUUCCGACAACAUUUUCACGAGCAAUCUCAUUUACGGAGACGUAAGGUCAUCUACCGUCUCCAUCAAAUACAUUACCCUCCUUUCCUGUUUCCUACUGGCUUUUACUGCUUUCGUACAAACUACUAGGUGCUUUGCUCAUGCCAUUUUUCUCAUAAGCAUGCCAAACACCGACAUUCCUGCAACCUACGUCGAGAAGGAAAUGGUAAGAGGAAGUAACUACUGGGAAGUUGGCCUUCGAGCAAUCUAUUUUGCCACCACUUUGUUGCUGUGGAUCUUUGGUCCAAUCCCAAUGUUUGUUUCCGUGGUGGUUAUGGUGGCAGUGUUGCAUAAUUUAGACACCAAUUCAACCCCACUGCAUCCAUAUCAGCCGCUCCAGAGUCAUAACCUUUUCAAGAAGAUUGGUCAGGGAAUAACCACAGAGCACAAUCAAAUGCGAAAUGAGAAUAGAAACAGAACUUCAGUUGUCCAACCAUGACAACAGCCUGCAACUAUAAGAACAGAGCUAUUGGGGAAAUAUAAGAUUAUUCUUCUUCUCUUCUCAUCCACAAUUCUUUCUUCCCAAAUACAUCAGAUGUUCCACAGAAGGAAGCAUAGGAAG